AUGUACGGAUAUUCGACGAGAACGAUCCCGCGCCUGGCGCGAGGCGUGGUGAAACAGUCAUCAAGAUUGCCAGUCAUCACAUUCCGGCGCACAUUCGCAGCCGCCAAGCCCUCGUCGCCCCGUCCACCGCCGUCGCCGCCCCCGUUCGAGACCGUCCCGACUUGUCCCUCCCCGACAUGUGGGUGCGCCGCCACGCCAGAAAUGCCAGAGGGUCUGCCCAUCGACGUCAAGAGCCCGCUCAACGGCGUCGUAUCGGCCUACGCGGAGCAGGUCCUCGUGUGCACGGGCAAGGACGACUGGACCUCGAGGAUUGAGGAGGAGAACAGCGGAGACAACCUCGCUGCGGACCUGAAGGAGUUGUUCGGCCGUGGUGGGACGUAUAGUGAUCCAUGGCACAAUAUUUCCGUACUCAACGCUUCUUUCCCCUCCUCCGUACCGAAGCGGAGCGAGCUCCAGACGACAAGCGCCUACCUCCUCCCGAGCUUCAAGUACGUCCCCUUCCUGCCGCGCGUCAGCUUCGACAGCGUCCAGGCCCUCGCCAAGGGCUACCUGCUCCCCGAGAAGCUGCACAAGAUGCACGACAACCUGUCGCCCAUCCACCGCGACCGCCUCACCCGCAAGGAGGCCUACCAGUCCCUUCUCUACGGGGUGAAGGACGUCGAGGAUGUGCUGGUGCUGAUCUGCGGCCACGGGGGGCGGGACAUGCGCUGCGGCGUCAUGGGACCCGUGCUGCGGGACGAGUUCGAGCGGCAGUUCGAGGGUGCGGGGCUUGCUGUUCAAAGAGGACCGGUGGCGGUUGACGAGACCGAGGGCGAGAGGAUCGCGGCGCCCGAGGGCGGCAGCGAAGAAGACAAGACUUCGGCGAGGGUCGGCUUGAUCAGCCACAUUGGCGGGCACAAGUUCGCGGGGAACGUCAUCGUGUAUAUCCCGCCUACCUUGAGGACCGCCGGCGGCGAGGAGCACCCGCUGGCUGGGAUGGGGAUCUGGUAUGGUCGGGUUGAGCCGAAGCAUGUCGAGGGCAUCGUCAAGGAGACGGUCCUCGAGGGGCGGGUUAUCGCUGAUAUGUUUCGAGGCGGCAUCGACCAGAAUAGAAAGGUUUUGAGGCUAUAA